AUGAAAGGCCCAACUAAAGCUAACGAAGAUACUCGAUAUAAGGCAGGCGAUCUCCAUAAAAUUCGCCUGACCCAGGCCUAUUUUUCCCUUAUGGCCUCUCGUGUGCCGGAGAGACACCCAGAACAGAGUCAGUACAACGUCAUGGUUGAAGCAGAUGGCUCUCUACAACUCCCUGCGCGCAGUUACAACUAG